ACAGGGAAGUGGGAUUGAGGCGCUAUCUUCGAGAUUAUUCUGAUCCUUUCACGAAGUACUCAAAUCGGGAAUUCCAUGCACGAUAUAGAUUUACGCCUGAAACUAUUAAGAAUGUUAUUUUGCCUUUGGUGUCUUCUGAGUUGGAUAAGCCAACCAGAAGAGGAUUACCAUUUCACCCGGAAAUAAUGUUAUUGGUAACACUUCGAUAUUAUGCCACUGGCAGUUUUCAGAAACUGGAUGGAGAUGUGAUGAACAUAUGUCAACAGUCAGUUUCACGAAUAAUUUUUCAAGUCUCUACUUCAAUAGCGCGAAAAACCAAAGACCUCGUUAAAUUUCCAUCUACUGCAGAAGAAUUUAAUAGAGUAAAGUAG